AUGGGUAUAUUUAUCCUUUUUGCUAUAUCUGUGGCGUUAUUCAAUCCAAUUGAAUCAACUUUAUCGUGCCUUCCAUCGGACAGCGGCACUCCCAUACCAAUUGGAGUCUUUCAUGCAACAAAAGGAUCAUUCCAUACGCCAGAUAUUGAGCCCGCAGUAAAUGUAGCAUUGAAUCACAUCCACAAUAACAGUUGCAUUCUUGAUGGAUACAAGCUGAAUCUCACCUAUGAAGAUACAGAAUGUAAAACAUCAAUGGGAAUGAAAGCUCUUUUCGAAAUGGUCGCUUCUCGAUCAAGACCGGUCGCCAUUUUUGGAGGACUUUGCACAGAGGUAAACGAGCCAAUCGCUGCAGCACUCAAAUAUUGGCAUAUCGCUCAACUCAGCUACGCUGAAACUCAUCCCAAAUUCGCCACAGCCGAUUCGAGUGAGUUAUACCCGACAUUUUUCCGCAUCGUUCCCGGGAAUCGAAACGUGAAUUUGGCGAAAUCUCGUUUGGUCACUCAAUUCGGUUGGAAACGAGUUGGCACAGUUAAACAAGCUGAUGAGCCGAGACAUGCAUUGCCUCAUGAAGCUCUCACCACUCGUCUCGAGGAAAGCGCUGUUGAUGUGAUCUACACUGCUGGAGUGACAUUUCAAGAGAUUGAAAAUAUUGGAAAUGAAUUGGCAUUGUUGAAGGCUCGAGAUGUUCGAAUCAUUGUAGCUGAUGUGUCUGAAGAUAUUAUUGGACGAGUGAUUUGUGAGGCAUCAAAACAAGGAAUGACUGGACGAGAUUUUGUAUGGGUUUUGCCCGGAUUCCACUCGAAUAAAUGGAUUCAUUCAAGCAUUGACACUGGCUGCGAUGAGGAGAGAUUUGCAGCGGCUGUUGAAGGGCAUUUCGCUGUACAAUUCGCGACAAAAAGACCAGAUUUGAGUAGUUAUGUUGUGGGCGGAAAAAAAGCCGAAGAGAUCGUUCGCCUUUUAUCGGAAUCUUGUGGUGGAGAUCGUUGCACAAAGAAUAUUUUUGAGGGAUAUCUUUACGAUGGAUUGUGGACAUUAGCGAUUGCUUUAUCACAGGCUUUGGAUAACGGUCGUUCUUUUUCACAUACACGACUUCUUGAAGCAAUCGGGAAUAGUUCUUUUGAGGGAGUUACUGGUCGAGUCCGUUUCGAGCACAAUGAGAGAAUGGGCAUUGUUGAAGUGUUAUGGUAUCAGAAUGGAACGUAUCAUAAUGCUGCAUAUUUCGAUGGAGCACGAGAUGAAUUUCGAUUGGAGAAGGCGAUUCAAAAUUGGCAACCGCCAGCUGAUGCUCCCGAAAGGCGAAUUGUGCGCGAAGAAGUGUCUGGAUGGUUAUUCAUUUGUGUUUCUUUGUGCGCAUCACUUGGAUGUCUUUUGGCUCUUCUCUUUUUAGCGCUCAAUCUUAAAUAUAGAAAUCAUCGUUUCAUCAAAAUGUCCUCUCCGAACAUGAACAAUAUUAUCGUUAUCGGUUCGAUGUGUACAUUCAUUUCGGUAAUUCUAUUAGGAAUCGAUACACGACUCGUUUCGAGAGCUCUUUUUGUCAAAAUGUGUUAUGCAAAAACCUGGACUCUAAGUUUGGGAUUCACACUAGCAUUUGGGGCAAUGUUCUCAAAAACGUGGAGAGUUCACUCAAUCUUUACAAAUAUUCGAAUGGAUAAAAAGGCGAUAAAAGAUUCCCGUCUUCUUAUGAUGGUUGGUUUUCUCGUCUUCAUCGAUAUUCUCGUUCUCUCAACGUGGGCUUUCUUUUCUCCAUUCUCGCUUCAAGCAAAACAAUUGGAGAAAUAUCAAAAAGAUAACGUGGAAAUUGUGCCUGAAUUGGAGAGAUGUCAUUCGGAAAAUGCACUCGUCUUUCAAGCAAUCCUUUUUGCGGUAAAGGGGAUUUUAAUGAUGUUGGGUUGUUUCUUAGCCUGGGAGACUCGUCAUGUCAAUGUGCCAGCGUUGAAUGACAGCAAAUACAUCGGAAUGUCGGUGUAUUUGUGUGUUGUGAUGAGCACUCUUGGACUCUCAAUUGCUUUCAUUUUACAGGAACGAAUAAACGAGGCUUUCGCGAUGACAUCACUUUUUAUCAUUGUCUCCACCGCUCUCACUUUAUGCCUUGUAUUUGUGCCAAAGAUGGUCGAGCUGGUAAGAAAUCCGGCGGGAAUCGAACAAAAGGGAUAUCGACGAGGAUUGAUGAAAAGUGUGGUGACAAAAGGACCACAACAACAACACACGAAUAAUCCAUCGUAUACAGGAAAAGAGACUGAGAAAGAUCUUCUUGCACGGGCUGAGGCUGAGAACCAGUUAAAACAACGAUAUCUCCAUCAGAAAACGUGUCAAUUGUGGGAAUUAUUGGAGAGAUUGAGAGAACUCGGUGACACACAAUUCCUACAACAAGGUUGGUUCUUUGUGGUU